AUAACACUCAAACACAAGUCAAAGUACCUCCUGCUUCCACUUGUUCUCUGCCAUGGCUAAUUCAGACUCUGGUGACAAAGAAGCGCAUCGCUCUAGCAAGCAUGGUGGCUGGAUCACUUUACCGUUCAUGCUCGUUACAUUGUUAGGCAUGUCGAUAACUUAUUUUGGAUGGGUAAUGAACUUGAUCGUCUUCUUGAUCGAGGAAUUCAACAUCAAGAGCAUCGCAGCUGUUCAGAUUUCAAAUAUUGUCAAUGGAGUUGUCAACAUGUUGCCUGUUGUCGCAGCCAUCCUAGCCGAUUCCUUUUUUGGGAACAUUCCUGUCAUCUCAGCCUCCGCUUUCAUUUCUCUAACUGGAAUAUCGCUCUUGACUCUUAUUGCAUCUUUGGACUAUUUGAGACCUAGACCGUGUGAAACGGGAUCAAUUUUAUGCCAAUCACCAUCAAAACUACAACUUGGGAUCUUGUAUGCAGCCUUAGCUCUAGUGAUCACUGGAACAGCUGGGACGCGGUUCAUCUUGGCAUCCGCAGGUGCAAACCAAUAUAAGAAACCUAAAGAACAAGGAAGGUUCUUCAACUGGUACUUUUUCACACUAUAUGGUGGAGCGAUUACUGGCACGACAGCAAUUGUAUAUGCACAGGACAAUGCUAGCUGGAAGCUUGGAUUCGGUCUCUGCGUCGCUGCUAACUUGAUCAGUUUCAUCAUUUUCGUCGCUGGGAAGAGACUCUACGAGCAUGACCAACCUUUGGGAAGUCCUUAUACAAGUCUAGUUCGCGUUUUAGUCGCUGCUACAAUGAAACGAAAGGCUGUGAUUUCAUACAAAGACGAAGACUAUCAUCACCGCGAGCUCGAAAAAGAGACCAAGACUUAUGUUGCAAUGCCCUCCAAGAGCUUCAGGUUCUUGAACCGUGCAGCAUUGAAGACAGAAGGAGACUCAAAUAAUAACAUGUGGAGGCUAUGCUCUGUUCAGGAAGUAGAAGAUUUCAAAGCCGUUCUCCGACUUGUCCCUCUCUGGACAUCUGUCAUGUUCCUCAGCGCUCCCCUAGCGGUGCAAAUGAGCAUGACUGUCCUCCAAGCUAUGGUCAUGGACCGUAAACUUGGCCCACACUUCAAAGUCUCUGCUGGGUCUAUGCAAGUCAUAGCACUCGUCUCUGGAUGCGUCUUUAUCAUACUUAACAACUGGACUACCUAUCCCAUGUAUCAGAAGCUAAUCCGCAAACCGCUGACACCGCUACAAAAAGUCGGGAUCGGCCACGUUUUGACAAUCUUAAGCAUGGCGAUAUCAGCCGUUGUUGAAGCAAAGAGGCUGAAAACAGUUGAAAAUAGCCAUCUCAUGUCAGUGCUAUGGCUGGUUCCUGCUCUCGUGAUUAAUGGAAUAGGUGAGGCCUUUCAUUUUCCAGCAAAUAUUGCAAUAUUCUAUGGAGAAUUCCCUGAGUCUCUAAGGAACACAGCGACUUCAUUGACCUCGGUGGUGAUGGGAAUCUCUUUCUAUCUGAGCACAGCUCUUAUCGAUGUGAUCCAGAGGACCACCAAGUGGUUACCAAAUGACAUAAACCACGGAAGGGUUGACAAUGUUUACUUGGUAUUAGUCAUUAUAGGAGUCUCUAAUUUCGGCUACUUCCUUGUCUGCUCUUGGUUUUACAAAUACAGAAACCUCAAGAAUGAUGAUCAUGAACAAGAUCUUAAAGAUGUUACAAACUAGGACACUAACGUGUUCUGUCCUCGUUUUCUCUAUAUUGUAGUUGUGUCUUCAUGCAACUAACUUAUGUGCUACAUGCAAACUCACUGUUUGCCGUUUGUGUUUACUUUUACCAAUAAAUGUUAUUUGUAUCAAACUCAUACCUCAAAUUAUUAGUAUCCUAGCUCCAAUGGACCGAUUAGAGCUCAUGAGCUGUUAGCUAG